AGCCAUGCAUGACAUCAUUUUUGAAUUCAUCUAUAUUAACUUGAACGCAAAGUAUCUUUCUUGACACACCUCCACCAUGAAGUUUCAUGCCAUUGUGCUUCCCAGUGGAAAAAACACAUCUCCCAACAUCCCCAAACAGGUUUUCCAACUGGUCGUUACCUUGCUUCUCCUCGCCAUAAUACCCCUUCUCUUAAACAGAACUUCACAUUCGCCAUUGCCCUUUUCUAAGAUCAAUAUCCAUAAUUUGAGCAUAGAAUUUGACAAGACAUGCGAUAUAUUUAGUGGAAAAUGGGUUCCAUUCUCCAAGGGGUUGUAUUACACAAAUGCAACUUGCAAAUUGAUCAUUGAUCAGCAAAACUGCAUGAAGUUUGGGAGGCCCGAUACAGCGUUCCUGAAAUGGAGGUGGAAACCAGAAGAAUGCGAGCUGCCUUUCUUCGAUGGUUUUCAGUUCUUGGAGCUUGUCAGAGGGAAGUCAUUGGCAUUCGUUGGUGAUUCGGUCGGAAGGAAUCAAAUGCAAUCAUUGCUGUGCCUCUUGGCUAGUGUGGUUUAUCCGGAGGAUAUCUCUUACAGGUACACCUCAGACACAAACUUCAAGCGCUGGUUUUAUGCCGACUACAGUUUUACAUUGGCGACACUCUGGUCCCCAUUUCUAGUUAAAGCCAGUGACGCAGACCCCAGUGGUCAUUCCUACAACAGCAUCAUGAAACUCUACUUAGACAAGGUUGACGAGGCAUGGGCGCUGGAGAUUUCUAAAUUCGAUUAUGUAAUCAUCUCAGCCGGACAAUGGUUCUUUCGGCCACUAAUGCUCUAUGAAAAAGGUCAGCUUGUUGGGUGUCACAAGUGCCAACAACAAAAUAUCACAAACCUCACACACUCCUACGGUUACAGAAAGGCCUUUCGAACCGCUUUCAGAACGCUUCUAAGCCUUAGAGAUUAUAAGGGGGUGACAUUUUUGAGGACAUUCUCUCCAGCACACUUUGAGAAUGGGGAGUGGAACAAAGGUGGAAGUUGUGCGAGGACAAGGCCCUUUACCAUGGAAGAAUUAAAGGUCGAUCAGUAUAUUAUGGAUAUGUACUUCACUCAAGUGGAGGAACAAAGAGCAGCAGCAGAGGAAGGGAGGAAGAGAGGCUUACAAUUUAGGCUGCUAAAUACAACCGGAGCCAUGUUGCUGAGGCCAGAUGGACAUCCAAACCAUUACGGACACUCGCGGCAUAGGAAUUUGAACAUGGCAGACUGUGUCCAUUGGUGCUUGCCAGGUCCUAUUGAUACAUGGAAUGAGUUUUUGCUUCAUAUGUUGAAGAGGGAAGGUCAGAUGGCACCGGGAAGGAAACUACAGUAAAAUGCUUAGGAAUGGGAUACAUGUUAUACAUGUCACUAUACUAUUAGUUAAUUAAUUCUUUAUAUUAUAAAAUGUGCUAUAAUCUACGUUAUCAAA